AUGGACAGAGAACACUAUAAAGAAAUGUCCCUAUCUCAACUCCAGGAUAAUCAGUUCUAUAAGAAACUAGAGCAAAAUCAGGAUCGGCAAUCUAUGCUUAAAAUAACAAACCUCACAAAGAAGUUUCAAAGUAACCUCACGAAAAACGAAAUUGAAUACCUUACGAACUUUGAAGUUAAAACUAGCCAUUUUUAUGGUCUUCCCAAAAUACACAAAUGUAAAGAAAUCCAGAAAAAUGUCAAGAAAUGUAAUUCUACGUACAUAAAACUUCCUAGACCAAAUGAUCUUAAACUGAGGCCCAUCAUUGCAGGACCUACAUCUAGUACACAAAGAUUAAGUAAUCUGCUAGAUAUAAUCUUAAAACCACUGUGCACCAAAGUGACCAGUUAUGUUCGUGAUGAUAUGGAUUUCCUUAAUUAUAUUCCACAAACAGUACCAAGAGAUACACUGCUUGUUAGUUUUGAUGUUACCAGCUUAUAUACUAAUAUUACGCAUGAUUUAGGAAUUGAGGCAAUCAAAUAUUGGUUGGAUAAAUAUCCGGAAGAAAUCGACGAUAGAUUUCCCGCAAACGUCAUCUUAGAAGGACUUAGAAUUGUACUAGAGAAUAAUAAUUUUCUUUUUGAUGACGAAAAUUAUCUACAAAUCAAAGGUACUGCCAUGGGCACCAAAGUCGCCCCUACAUAUGCUUGUUUAGUUAUGGGAUUUCUAGAAGAAAAACUUUACACUAUUUUACCGGAAACCUUUGAUCUGGACUUUACGCAGUACAUUAAAGAGAAUUGGAAAAGGUACUUGGAUGAUUGCUUCAUCUUUUGGACAAGGAGUGAAGAGGAUCUUAAAAAAUUCCAUUCGGUCAUUAAUGAAUUACACGAUUCAAUAAAUUUCACAAAUGACAUGAAUCGUGAUUCACUUCCUUUUCUAGAUAUACUCAUAAUAAAAAACGGAGAAGAUAUUUCUACAGACCUAUUCUGUGAAGAAACAGAUACUCACCAAUACUUGGACUUUCGUUCCUGCCAUCCGUCACAUACAAAAAGGAACAUUCCAUACAAUAUGGCCAGACGUAUUUGUACCAUUGUGACCGAGCCUACUCUACGCUUGAAAAGACUCCAAGAAUUAAAACAACACCUGAGGCGACAAAACUAUCCAAUAAACCUUAUUGAGGACGGAAUCAACCGGGCAAAAGACAUACCAAUAACCAAAUUAAGAAAAAGUCGCCAUCCAGAGGAAAACGACGUAGAGAACAUCCCAUUUGUGAUUACUCAUAACCCACGUAACCACAAUAUUCUAAAUUCAGCGAAACGAUUUUUUCCAAUAUUAGAACAAUCUGAAAACAUGAAAAAUCUUCUGGACAAAUCGUCAAUAAUUAACAGCAGAAGACAAGCACCAAACCUGAGGCGGAUUUUAACCAAAGCGAAAUUUUCCUCUAGCAACCAGAGAGUCGUCAAAAAGUGUGGUGACCCCCGAUGUGGAACGUGUGAUUUCAUUCAGGAGGGCGAACAUAUUACACUUAAAAACGGGAAAAUUUUAAAAACAAAUACCAGUAUGAAUUGUAAAUCUUCAAAUUUGAUUUACUGUGCAAUAUGCCAUACCUGUGGAGAACAUUAUAUAGGGCAGACAAAUCAACUCAACGCACGAGUUAGGGUUCACAAACAACAUAUAAGGGACGAAACUGUCAGAUGCACCCCAUGUUCAGAACAUUUUGCUGAUUGUGGUAAAGGAAAAUUUAAGAUUUUCCCGUUCUACAAAAUGUGGACAUCGGAUGAAAGCGCCCGUGUAACCAAAGAGGACUAUUUUAUAAGACUGUUUAAUCCAAAACUAAAUCGCAAAUGA